AUGUGCGCCCCGACUGUUCUCUCUCUCAUAGUUAUCAACAAGGCUGGAGGUCUGAUCUACCAGCGGGAGUUUCAACCCGGCCUGCGUAAGCUCUCCACCAACGACUACCUCGUCCUCGCCGGUACCUUUCACGGUGUACACGCCAUCACUCGCACUAUCACUCCCAAGCUCCCUCUCGCUCCUCCAUCUACCUCACCUGCCGUUUCGUCCCCCGGGAACACCGCCCCCGCUACGUCGGGGUACAGCUAUCCCAACCCGGGCGUCCCCACAUCAGGCUUGGAAUUCCUCGAGACGGAUAAGUUUCGCCUGACAUGCUUCCAGACCCUGACCGGGACGAAAUUCCUCCUCUUCACCGAUCCCCUGACCGGCAGUGUGGACACUGUUAUGAACAAGAUCUAUGAGCUAUAUGCGGACUACGUGAUGAAGAACCCAUUCUACCAGCUCGAGAUGCCGGUACGGUGUGAAGCUUUCGAUAGGCAUCUCGGGGCGUGGUUGAGAGGACGAACUUGA